UGCUGCUCCCCCCUCUCUCUGGGUCUCUAUUUGUCAAAAAAUCAGAUCAUCAUCUACUAAUAUAAAAUCCGUUCACGACUUUGGGUCGGAUCCCCCGUCUCUUCUGCCAUUAUUCCAAUCCCUAACGUCGCCGACGAUUAUGAUGCGGCCCACCGUCCGAUCACUAACUCUGUUCUCCUUCCUCGCCGCUCUCCUUGUCGUCUCGCCGGCGCUUGCUUCCGAGUCCGAUCACAAGUAUCAAUCAGAUGACCCAGUUACUCUGUGGGUAAACAAAGUUGGGCCGUAUAAUAACCCACAGGAAACAUACAACUAUUACAGCCUUCCAUUCUGUCAUGCUUCUGGUUCUCACAAGUGGGGUGGCCUUGGUGAAGUUUUGGGUGGAAACGAGCUUAUUGAUAGUCAGAUUGACAUAAGGUUUCAAAAAAACGUGGACAAGGGUAGCAUUUGUGAGCUUGAACUUGAUGAAGCGAAGGUCAAGCAAUUCAAAGAUGCUAUUGAAAACAAUUAUUGGUUUGAAUUCUUCAUUGAUGACCUGCCGCUGUGGGGUUUUGUUGGAGAGCAACAUCCUGACAAAAACAGUGAUAAUAAGCACGUACUUUACACACAUAAGAACAUCCAUAUUAGAUACAAUAAGGACCAGAUCAUUCAUGUCAAUAUUUCUCAAGAGGGCUCAAAGCCUUUGGAGGCUAGCAGAACAUUGGACAUGACAUAUUCUGUCAAAUGGGAACCAACCAAUAUCAGUUUUGCUCGCCGUUUUGAAGUUUACUUGGAUUACCCAUUUUUUGAACAUCAGAUUCAUUGGUUCUCCAUCUUUAACUCCUUCAUGAUGGUCAUCUUUCUUACUGGUCUGGUGUCUAUGAUAUUGAUGCGGACGCUGAGGAAUGAUUACGCCAAAUAUGCUAGGGAAGAUGAUGACUUGGAGACUCUGGAAAGAGAUGUGAGUGAAGAGUCUGGUUGGAAACUUGUUCAUGGAGAUGUAUUUCGGACUCCUCGUACCCUAGUGUUACUUUCUGCUCUUGUUGGUACUGGGGCACAGCUGGCAUUGCUUGUUCUCCUUGUCAUUCUGUUGGCAAUUGUGGGGAUGUUGUAUGUUGGGAGAGGAGCCAUUGUAACGACAUUCAUAGUAUGUUAUGCUUUGACAUCAUUCAUUUCGGGCUACGUUAGUGGUGCAAUGUACUCGCGAAAUGGUGGUACGUUUCAUUUCUUAUCUAUAUAUCCUU